ACAUUGAUGUUCGCGAACACGACCAAUUAAAAGAAUACCCAUGAUGCAAAGCGGUUUAUCACAUUGGAAGCAAUCGCUCAGCCUGUACAGGAGUGUCAAAUUCAAGUAUGGCGCUUCAUAAACUAUUCCGUCUGUCCUCGCUGUUCCGCUCCGCGGUGUCAUUGACACUGCGCAGGAAUGUCGGCCUGUCUGCUGUCCUCUUCAACCGGGCCAAGGACCUGGACCCUAUCCAGAAACUAUUCCUAGACAAGAUCCGCGACUACAGCACCAAGAGCAAGGCUGCAGCAGGUGGGAUCGUUGAUGCAGGCCCCUCCUAUGAAAAGGGUGUCUCAGAGGAGAUCACCAAACUGCAGAGGUUAUAUGGGACCGGUGACCUCACCAAAUUCCCUGACUUCAAAUUUACAGAGCCCCAGCUGCAGGAAGUGGCCAAGUGAACACUGGCCAUGAUGACGUUGUCUCUGUCCUACAUGUCACCAUUAUAAUGUACUAUUUAAUAAAGGAUGUUGGAUUAAAUGUGAA